GCGAUCCUCUGUACGGCAGGCUUGGAUCACACGUGUUGUCAUCGCGUGGACGUCCCCCGGAGGAAAUAGCCACAGCUCGUCGAGCAAAGUUACACGAGGACAUGUCUUUCCGUGGAGGUGGAGGACGAGGCGGCAGAGGCGGAGGCUUUAACCGAGGAGGCAGAGGCGGAGGAGAAGGGUACGGCGGCGGCAGAGGAGGGUACGGCGGCGGCAGAGGCGGAGGAGGGUUCGGCGGCGGCAGAGGCGGAGGAGGGUUCGGACGCGGCGGCGGCCGAGGGGGCUUCAACAGACAGCAGGACUACGGCCCCCCGGAGUAUGUCGUCGGCGUGGGAGAGUUCAUGCAUCCGUGUGAAGAUGACAUUGUGUGCCGGUGUACAACAGAGGAAAACAAAGUUCCCUACUUCAAUGCCCCGGUGUACUUGGAAAACAAGGAGCAGAUUGGGAAGGUGGAUGAGAUUUUCGGCCAGCUCCGGGACUUUUAUUUUUCAGUCAAACUGUCAGAUAAUAUGAAGGCGUCUUCAUUUAAGAAACUGCAGAAGUUUUAUAUAGAUCCAAUGAAGCUCCUCCCACUGCAGAGAUUCCUCCCCAGGCCGCCAGGAGAGAAGGGGCCGCCAAGAGGAGGCCGGGGUGGCGGUAGAGGUGGAGGAAGAGGUGGUGCUCGUGGAGGUGGAUUUCGAGGUGGCAGGGGCGGAGGAUUUGGAGGUGGUGGUCGUGGCGGAGGAUUUGGAGGUGGUGGACGUGGCGGAGGCGGCGGCUUCAGAGGACGAGGAGGUGGCGGAGGACGUGGAUUCAGAGGUGGGAGAUGAUGUGACUGUCUGGUGGAUCUUUUCAUCCCUGUCUACACCUACUCCAGCAAAAAAGGCUGCGUUUCCAUCCAGUGCCUGGCCUGUUGGACGCAGAUUAUGGACAUUGCCUCUAUUUGUAGAACUUGAAUGGAUCUUCUCAUUUUGUUAUUUUUUGUAUCUGGUUUGAAGGUGUGAUGAAUCAUCAUGAUUAUUUCAAAGGUGUAACAUAGCGUGGACUUUUUCAGCCUGUUAUGAAGGGUUACAGGCUCCCUUUGCGAACAGGCACAUCAUCAUCCUCUGCUGAUUGUGUUAAAAUGUUUGGCCAUGAUUCAGGAGACACAUUCUUUUAUUUUUGUCUGAGGGAAUUUGUGUAGGAGUUUGUAGACUAUUGACUACUGGUUGAAAACAUUUUAAUACCUAUAAUUUGUAAAAAAAAUCUUAAACCAAAUGUCACAUUUUUGUUAAAGGCCUUGAUUAAAAGGUGCUUUGGUUACUGUGUCUAUUUCA